AUGCACGCUCGUGGCGGUUCGCAAUGGCAGAGCCGUCGCAAAACAUCACUCGGACCGCUCCGACGGGCCCAUCCAGCAUCCGGUGCGACAUGGAACGUGCAGGUGGUACGGGGGAAAAUGACUUCCCGCUGUCUGUGGCACGCUUGUCGCGCCCUCGUACUCGGUAUGGUGCUAAUGUUCGUUGGCGGUGGAAUGGCCACCGUAGGAUACUACGCAAACAACUUUCCCUCGCUGUCGGAAAUACGGAGCAAUCGCACGUCGACAAUAAGCGUUAAAAACGAGCAUCGAGGAUUACACCUGAACAAUCUGUCCUACGUCGGACCCAUCAUCAUGGGCGUCGGAGGUUUCAUCGUGGUGGCUUCGUGUGUGAUGACGUUCGAGGCACGAGACUCAGCCGCAAAGGUAGUCCCGGCACGGUUCAAGAUGAAUGCCCAAGGGUCCGCCCGGAAUCCUAGUCGCAGCAACAAUUCCCGCCGUUCCACAGGUGUUUCGAACGGACCGACAGCAAUCAUGGGAUCGCAGACGGCCCGUUGGGAGCAGCACUUGGGCGUCUUUCGAACAUCGCCCGCAACAGAAAAGGUCCCCGACCGUCAAGCACUUACGGCAGCACUCGUGCACUUCUCCAAAGCCUUAGGGACACCGAAAACGUCACCCCAUCGGCGGCCGAGCGAAAGCCAAAGUCGGCGGGUAUCGCGAAGCGGAUCGGUGCCCAAUUUGUACGCUGAAAAGCUGAGCGUUCCGUUGCUAACCUCCGGUUCACCCGCCAACAUCCGGUCCGAAGCAAGUGGCCAUCAUCGACACCAUCGGGGUUCGCGGGUUAGCAGUAUGGUACAACGUUCAACGCGAGACCCAGCUGGCACUGGGUUGCUGCAUCCGGGGAUGCUUCAAUUUCACCGACACGCCCUUUCGGUAGAUGAUCCAGAACCGCUGGCAAGGACACUCAAUCAAGCUAGCUCGAACGGUUCAGUGCAAUAUGGGUACGGAGGUGAGAUCGUACCAGUACACAAGUUACGCGAUCGCAACAAACGUUCGGACACCGCCCGACGGCACGUCCUGUCGCGCCAGACCAAAAUCGAAAAGGACGAAUCGCUUGGCAGCCCCAAACACGGCCACAUCAGCCGACGUGCCUCCACCGUGUCCAACACGUCCGUCUCCUCGAAACUGAACCGUGGCAGCCGACGUGCCUCCACCAUCUCCAAAACACCAAGCGUUGAUUCGCGAGGAGCAGCUUCCACUGUCGAAAUCAACAGCCCUGACCGGUCGCUGUUGCUUGGUCUGACGCCUCCUAGGAAGGGCACGGUGGGUGUGUUUGGACCCAUUUCGACGCCGUCGGUCGAGAAGGAGUGCCGGAGCCAGUUGUCAAUUUGCUCCGAACCAGCAGCGAUCAGUCAGCGCAAUCUUUCCUGUCAAUCGAGCUUGGAACCGUGCGUACCAGAAGAAGGCAGCUCGCCCGAGUGUGAGCACGCGGGGGAAGAGGGUAAUGAUAAUGAUUGCGGGGAGCAGCAAAACAAGAAAAAACAACCCCAUUCCCCAUCGUUCAUGGAGCCUCUUUGCGUUGCAAAUCCACCUCUGAGACCGGACACACUCGUACUCACGUCGAAAGAAGCGGAUGCAACCGGAAAACAUCGCGACAGACAGCAACCGAACCGACAGCUGCCGCUUUAUCGUAGCAACUCGAGCAAAAGCUUCCGCAAACCGAAACCAAAGGUUGCAAGCAAAAAGCUUAGCAAUGAGUACGAUCAGAUCUACGUAAUUAGCGCCAGCGGUUCGGGUGGAGUGGCGACCACCGGUGCCUCGAACGGAAAUGCGACCGGAAACAAUCGUUAUCCCAAUUUCCAGACGCGUCCCGCUGAGGAUGACCAUUACGAUUCAAUUGAGGUCAUACACGAACGGCGCAGCAAAAAUUUCAGCAAAUUCUCCACCAGUUCUGGUGCCCAGGAUGAAGGUGCUGGCGGAAAAAGCAACGGUACUGCAUACCUGGAUGCUUCCGGUUCGAUAGAGGGCGAAUACCGGAAAAUGGGUUCGAACGUGAUUAGCGUGGUGGCGGAUAUAUCGCCAGCGCCCGUAAGCAAUAUCGCUGCAUUGGAAGCACCGCUGCAGGAGUCCUCCACUAAGGACGCACUAGAAAGGAAGGCCAGCUGCAGUAGCAGUCCGGAAGGCAAGAAGGAUGAGUGCAUCGAUGAAGCAAAAACCAUUACAAACACCAACGCCAUCGAGCAGUCGAUGAAAGAGGAGCAAAAGCAACGUAACAACCACUCAGUAUUAGCCCAACCGUUGGAAGAUGCUGCGGUGCAUGAUGAGAAAAAAGACUCACAAUAG